GGAUACACCAAACCCAGGUACUACCCAAAGACAUCAGUCCCGAUGGCCUCAGAGUGUGGACCAGCUGGCUUCACCUCAGUCAAGCACAGCUUCUCUUGGCCAACGGUGUUUUUGAAUAGAAUUUGCGGACAGUUUGGGGAAGGGUAUGUAGCUCAGCGGCUUCGACAAUGGAGAUGGUCUUGUUCAACAGCAUUCAGUGGUGUUGGCGCCCCGGAAUCAGUCAGUACCCCAGCUGUAGCCACGGAGCCCCUUCCCAUUGAAUGGAUUCAUUAUCGCUUGCCAUCAUGAGGCCUUGAUGAGCCUGCAGUCAGCAGCCAAGGAUUUUCUCCAAACAACCAACUCACGCACGAAGAAUGUUGUAUUCACUUCUACCUGUGAGUGUGACAGGGCUUGCCAACAGGUUCUCAAACACACCUACGGGGCCUGCAAUUGGCCGGAUAUCACCCAACUAGAUGCUUCAAAGCCGACAGCCUUCUGCACUACCCAUGAGAAGAACUGCCGGAUUCACAUUGCUGCACCAAAGAGAUGCUAAGCUGGAAUUGGGUUGUCAACAAUUUCUGAAUGCCACGAGCCCCAACUAUUUGCAGCUACAUAUUACAUAUUGCUUCAUCUCAGGACUGAGGGUGACAGUGGCAGGUUGCUACCUUAGAAACCAGGUCCACUGGGUGUUUUCCAAAACAACCACGAUCGUGCCAGGCCCAGUCUGCAUCUCCUUCAGCUUGAUGGGCAAGAAGGAAGGUGUUUCGAGCCCAGCGUUCAAGACACACGAGGGGUUCUAUCGCCAAGCCCCACUUAUGGCAGACGUCCUGAUACUGGAAAACGUGACAGAAUACUCUCCUGAGCUGGUCCAAUCUCAGUUGGGAAAAAGCUGGACCCUGCAACAUUGCAAAAUUGACCCUAGACUGUUUGGUCUGCCGGCGGCUCGAGCGCGAAUCUAUCUCAUCGCAUACAAACACGACAUUGUGUCAUGGAGGCAGGAGGUCUCUCUGGAGUUGGUCCUGGGUGCCCUGGCAUCAAGGGUCGUUAGGGAUGCAGGGAUGUACACGUGGAUGUCUCUGCCUCCGAUGACCUUGUCCGCAGCGCAGGAGAGAAACCUGAAAGAGUACGACCAGGAUGUCCGCCUUGAGGGGAAGCGGUUUCCUGAUCUCAACCAACUAGCCCGAAACGGGCGAGGAC